UCAUGUAACGACCUCUAAAGAUCCAGUACCCGUACAAGUACCUAGACUGCAUAUCAAAGGAUGAGAAAAACAAAUUUCAAACGCUUUAUCAUAUAUUUCAUCACCAUACUAAUGCUUUUCUAUUUCAUCCGGUAUUUCGUCUUAGAUUUCCAGUCUGAAUUAAAGACAAACAGAAGAACAGUUUUAAAUAAUGAUAGCAACGUAGCUUUAGUUCUUAAGGCAACUUUACAAAUCAACGACCGUCCAGUCUUAAUAACACUUGUUAAUGAUGGUUAUCUUAAUAUGGUUGAAAGCUGGGUGUGCAAUACUAAACAUAUGGGAUUUCAUAAACAGGUGAUAAUGAUAACUACCUCAGCAAAUGCGACAGAAAAGAUCAAAGCUUUGUCACCGCAUAUAACUGUUGUUGUAUUAAAUGUGGAUAAAUCUAUGAAUGAACAUCAAGUAUAUAGCCAUGUGGGUUAUGUUAAAAUCAUGAUACUCAGAACUCAGAUACAGCUGGCUUUACUUCAGAAUGAUAUUGAAUUAUAUUCUUUUGAAUGCGACUCCGUAUUUCUGGCAAACCCAUUGCCGACUCUCAGAGGGCAUUCUGAAAAACAUGAUAUUGUGUUUAUAAGUAACUACAAGUCACCAAAGGCAAUCAAUGGUGGAUUUCUGUACCUUUUCCCAACCCCAGCAACAAAGGCAACAUUUGAACAGCUGAACAGAAUGAUGCUCAAACUUUCUGAAAAAAUAAAAUUUGAGCCAUCCAAUAAAACUAUUCCGACUUAUGAAAACGACCAAGUUUACUUGUCGAAGUUAGUUCUUGAGAAAUAUGCAGGUCUCAAAUCAAUCAUUUUGCCCUUUUCCGUAUUUCCAGAUGGCAAGUGGUAUGAAAUCUCGGAACAGAACAGAAAAUUGACAAAGCCUUAUUUAAUUCACAAUAACUGGAUAAUGGGCAACAAGGCGAAGGAAGAAAGAGCUAGAAAGUGGGGACAUUGGUUUUUGAAAGAAGAUGGUGCAUGUGAUGUUGACGCUGUUAAAAAGAUAAUUAAGUUUUAACAAUAUGAUAUUUUUAUUCACAGUGAAAAGUCUUUCAGUAUCAUUUAAAUAACCGUAAAAAGUUUUUAACUUAGUUUUAAGUAUAACGAUUUUACUUUUAGUUUAUAGAUUGUUCUCGUUUUUAUGAAACUUCACAAUUGUUAUAACCAUGAGUUCGGUAUUUUUUUUAUACUUGUUUUUGUUGAUGUCCGUAUGGUAUUUUAUAGUGUUAUCACUGUUCAUGUUUGUAAACAUAUAUACUCAAGUUUACAAACAUGACACUUCAGCACUUUUGGGGCAUAACACAAAUGUUCUUCUUGAUUUCUGUACCUAUAUUUUUAUGAAAAAUUACAUUUUUUUUCUCGUAUCACAUUGCAUAUAUAUUUAUGAAAUGAUGAAGUUGGGCAAGCUUUUUUUAACGCUAAUACAUAAAAUAUUUUGUUAGAAUUGAUGCAUGCUAUAUACUUGUGUGUUUUCAUUUUUAAUUUCUUAUGUGUGUCUGACAUUACAUUAAUAAUUAACAAGAAGGCUUAAACUCUAAACAUUUUCAUGUUUGAAUUUUUAUUCCAAUUUUAAUUGUUUUUUAAUUGUGAAUACGUUUGAAAAUUCCUCCAUGCAUAUUUUAUCAGAUUUGUCAUAGUACUUUUUGUUUAAGAGCAAUAUAAAUAGGAUAGAAAAGUUUUGUUGAAAGUAGAAUACCAUCCAGUUUUGAACGACUGGUUUAAGUUUGUCUCUCUUGAUUUAAGCUUCCAGUAGUGUCAAGUAUUUGGCACAAUUCCUUCAGGUUUGACCAAAAAGAAGAAAAUUACGAUAAGAACAAAAUGUCAUCUUUUUUAAAACUAAAUUUUGCUUAGUUUCUUUUCUUUUUUUCUUGGGUUACUCUUGAUGUGAGAUUUUAGUAGUAUGCAACAUACUUUGCAUAACUCUGGAAUAAGUGAACGGUUUUCAUGGUAAAAUGGUCUUUUAUGUUAGAAAGGAAGGAGGUAUGAAUAAAAUCUAAUUGGCUGUAAAAAUACAAAACACUUUAUUCCCUUCAAAUUCAUAAAAAAGAAUUGUUGAUAAAUUAAUAUGGUAAUACAGUAUGAUCACUUUAAUGCAUAAAUAUCAUUUUUAAUGUCACCUUAGUAUCAUUAACAUGAAUAAAUUAACGACAUUUGUAAAAAUUAAAGAUUAGCCAUAGUCCUACCCUGCAA